ACUUGGGCCUGCCCAGAGCAAGGACCACAACUGGUGGCAAGUCCAGGAGUGGGUAAGAUGGAUACCAAUUCUUCUCUUGCCGUGAACGUGUCUGGAGGUGCCCAAACUGGAUCUGCCAGCUAUUCAGCCCUGGAGAUCUUCUCUCAGGUGGUAACUGGGGUCACCUUUGUCCUCGGUGUCCUGGGCAACGGGCUUGUGAUCUGGGUGACCGGCUUCCGGAUGGCUCACACGGUCACCACCAUCAGUUACCUGAACCUGGCCUUAGCCGACUUCUCUUUCACCUCCAUUUUGCCAUUUAUCAUGGUCUUGAAGGCCAUGAGAGGACACUGGCCUUUCGGCUGGUUCCUGUGCAAAUUCAUUUUUACCGUGGCGGACAUAAACCUGUUUGGAAGUGUCUUCCUGAUCGCGCUCAUUGCUCUGGACCGUUGUAUCUGUGUCCUGCACCCAAUCUGGGCCCAGAACCACCGCACUGUAGGUCUGGCCAAGAGGGUGAUCAUCGGACCCUGGGUUGUUGCCCUGCUCCUUACCUUGCCAGUUAUCAUCCGUGUGACUACAAAGACUACUCCAACGGGGAUGACAACAUGCACUUUCGACUUUACACCCUGGAUUACAGAUGAAAAUGAGAAGAGGAAGGUGGCCAUUACCAUGUACACAAUCAGAGGGAUCAUCCGUUUCAUCAUUGGCUUCAGUGCCCCCAUGUCCAUCGUUGCUAUUUGCUAUGGGCUAAUCGCCGCCAAGAUGCACAGAAAAGGCCUGAUUAAAUCUAGCCGUCCGUUACGGGUCCUCACAUUCGUUAUAGCUGCCUUCUUCCUCUGCUGGUGUCCAUAUCAGGUAGUGGCUCUCAUAAGCACAAUUAAUGUCAGGGAACGCUUUCAGGGCAAGGGCACAGAUCUUACAACUGUGAUUAACGUCACGAGCGCCCUGGCCUUCUUCAACAGCUGCCUCAACCCAAUGCUCUACGUCUUCAUGGGCCAUGACUUCCGGGAGAGGCUGAUCCACUCCCUGCCUGCCAUUCUGGAGAGGGCUCUGAGCGAGGACUCAGCCCAGACCGGUGACACGGCGGCCAGUUCUGCCUCACGUCCUGAGGAGGCGGAGUUACAGGCCAUGUGAGGAGGGGGCUGGGGGCACUUUUGAGCUCAGCCCCCCACUAUCUUGUUCCCAGCUCCAGCUUCAUCUUACCUGGAGUCACACUGAGCCUUGGGCAUUUCCUGCUUCCCUUAGGGUUACCCACUCAUCAGGAAAAGUUCUUCUGUGUCUCCUGAUUUACUGG